AUGUCGGCCGCCGACUCCGAGGAGGUCAAGAGGGCCGGGAACGACCAGUACAGGAAGGGCUGCUUCGAGGAGGCCCUCAGGCUCUACGACCGCGCCCUCGCCCUCUGCCCCGACAAUGCCGCGUGCCGGGGCAACCGCGCCGCCGCUCUCAUUGGCCUCCGCCGUCUCGGCGAGGCCGUCGAGGAGUGCGAGGAGGCGCUACGGAUUGAUCCGUCCUACGGCCGCGCGCACCACCGCCUCGCGUCCCUGCAUAUAAGGCUAGGACACAUUGAGGAUGCUCUGAAGCACCUGUCAUUUGCAACCCCACAGCCUGACCUCCUAGAGUUGCACAAAUUGCAAACAGUGGAGAAGCACUUGGGGAGAUGUCUGGAUGCGCGAAAGGCUGGGGACUGGAAGAGUGUUCUAAGGGAAAGUGAUGCUGCUAUUGCGGCUGGAGCUGACUCCUCUGCUCUGCUCUUGGCUGCUAGAGCAGAAGCCCUUCUCCGUCUCAAUUUACUUGAUGAGGCUGAUAUUGCAAUCUCUAGUGCCUCCAAAUUGGAUUAUACAUCUUCAUGCUCCUCAGACACCAAAUUUUGUGGGUUUCUUGCCAAUGCCUACCUCUUUUAUGUACAUGCCCAAGUUGACAUGGCAUUAGGAAGGUUUGACCAUGCUGUCUCCUCCAUAGAUAAGGCUAGAAUAAUAGAUCAAGGGAACACUGAAGUGGUAACCAUGCAUAACAAAGUGAAAUCUGUGGCCAGAGCACGAUCUCUAGGGAACGAGCUCUUCAAUUCUGGAAAAUUUUCAGAAGCUUGCCUUGCUUAUGGUGAAGGGCUCAAACAACACCCUGUGAAUAAAGUCCUGUACUGUAAUAGGGCAGCUUGUAGGUUCAAGCUUGAGCAGUGGGAGAAGUCAAUUGAAGACUGUAAUGAAGCUCUCAAGAUCCAUCCCAAUUAUACCAAGGCUUUGCUCAGGAGAGCAGCAUCCUAUGGCAAGAUGGAGCGAUGGGCAGAAUCCGUGAAGGAUUAUGAGAUUCUCAGAAAAGAACUUCCAGGUGACACGGAGGUUGCUGAGGCCUAUUUCCACGCCCAAGUUGCUCUCAAGUCAUCUCGUGGUGAGGAGGUAUCCAACUUGAAGUUUGGAGGAGAGGUUGAAGCGAUUAUAGGAAAGGAACAAUUCCAGAUGGCUACAUCUUUGCCAGGUGUUUCAGUUAUCCAUUUCAUGACGCCUUCAAAUCAGCAGUGCUGUAAGAUUUCCCCAUUUGUGAAUACACUGUGUACGAGAUACCCAUCUGUUAAUUUCCUCAAGGUUGAUGUGAACGAGAGCCCUGCUGUUGCACGCGCCGAAAAUGUGAGGACAAUUCCAACAUUCAAAAUCUACAAAAAUGGUAUGAGAGUCAAAGAGAUGAUCUGCCCCAGCCAACAGCUGCUGGAAUAUUCAGUGAGGCAUUAUGGGAUUUAG